UGCCGAUAGUGUACUACGUAUCAAUAUGGCGGACACUUUUUAUGCUUUGUUUAUAGCAUGGAUGGUUUAUGUCGUUUUAAUUAUAUUUAUCAUUGUUAUUCCUGCUGCUUUGAACCUUUCAUUGGGAGCAAGGCAUUUGUACACGAGAUUUUUAGUGAAAAUUAUAAAGGUAUGUUGAAUUUGGUGCGUAAAUUUUAAAGUAGAAUCCUCUCAACUGGAAGUCAAAUUUUAUAUUUUGCAAAUUUGUAUUGGAAUUCACAGAACUACUAAUGCAGUUUACCAAUGUAAACUUACUCGACAUUAUGAGACAAUAUGCAAUAGUUUUAUUGUAUGUGUGAUCUCGAAAUAGAGGGUUGACUAAAUCUGAAUAAAGUCUGCAUCAGAACAGUUUUGGUUGUAUAAAAGCACUUAAUUUCAACAGCUAGAAAGUUAGCAAGGAACUCAUUUUAGUAGAAUAAUAUAGUUUCGUUUUGUAAGUUUGGUAUUGCUCAAGAGUAAUAAAAAUAUUUGCCAGCAAGCAAGAAGUAAAAUAUUUCCAAAUGUGAUUGCUGAUUGGCUCACAGCAGCAUUUAUUUACUCAUCCCACACACAAGAUUCUGUUUUAAACAAAUAUUGCAUUGCUCAUACUGUAAAUAUUGAAGUGACAAUUUCAAAUACAGGUAUUACAGUUUAGGAUAGUAUUGAGACAUUCUUAUGGACGUUAUGGUUGUACUCUAAUUCCGUGGUGGCUAUUAAAUUUAAAUUUACAUGUACAGUAAAACCUUAGAAAAAUACAGCCAGUUAUGACAAUUUUUCUUACAGUUGACAGACAGUAAACCUAAUUGUGUUAAUAUGCCCAUUGCAUUUUGCAGAAUAUGCUUGCGUUGUACUGUAAUGAUGAUAGCAUGCAAGACAAUGAUCGAAUUAUCCAAAGCAUAUUGGAGGCAUUGAUUAUAAAUAUGCAUUAGCUGAUCUAUAGGUCUAUUGUUAGCCUUUAAACUGACGAUUGUUUACUUUUAAGGAGAUGAGAUAAAUGAUUUUUCUUGCUAUGCACACUUCCUCAAGUUGCUUCCCUUACAAGUUGCUUUCCUUCCCAACUUUGGACCUCCCUUCGAAGAUGCAAUUUCCUAUAGAUAUUCCUAUAGGAACCCAAACUUCCUGUUGGAAUUUCAAUAGGAAAUUAGGAUUCCUAUAAGAAUUUUUCGUUAAAUGAGACUUGCGCAUACAUGUAAAACAAUAGUUUGAAUUUGAGAUGGAUAAUGUGAUUUUAUUAUAGUAAAUUGUCAUUGUCAGUUUCAGACUUGUACCAUUGUGAUUUUGUGUGCACUGAAUGUCUAGUACACAUUUGUUUCCUGAUCGGGUUAAGAAAUAGCAAUUAAACAAGUACAGAAUUUUAUGUCUGGUUGACAGCUGUUGAGUUGUUGCAUAUUUUUUUAAAAUCCAGUGAAAUCCGUCACCAAUCAUGAAUUAACUUACAUUAAAAUGAAAAUGUAAUGAUUUUUUUUUAGUAUGGGAGGAGUUCAAUGGAAUCAAAUAAUAUGGGUAUGUGAGGAGAUUUUCAAAAAUAAAAUUUAAGGGCCCAGUACGUCAGACAAUACAGGAUUUGCUUGUCACAACAUUGAAUUUAACCAUUUCAGAAACCACUUAUAACACUUGAAAUUGUGAUUAUGACAAAAUAAGAUGAACAUUUAUAUGGGAAGACAUUCCUGAGUGGUACCCAGUGGCGUAACGUAGGAAAAGGGGGCCCUUAGGCAUAUUUGGUGUGGGACCCCUGUUGACUGUUGUCAUUGUUUGACUGAGAUAUACAUGUAUUUAUAUUGAAAUUAUUUAUAGAAUGUUCUGGAAAAUUCCAUGUCUAUAACAAUAACAAUCUAACAGUCUCCAACACAAAUAACUUUUGUUUUAUUUGAGAUGGAAUAAAAAAAUCCGCUACUGUUGUCGAAGGAGGUUUAAUUCUUUAGCAUUAUUAAUUUGCAUUUUCCCAUUGAUUCUUAACCUGCAUUUUUUUUAAUGUUUUCUAAUUUUCUGGGUGACAGGCCAUGGCUGAUGGGACCCCUAACUGUCGGGGGCCCUUAGUUUUUGAACUAACCCUACCUAAUGAGCGUUACGCCACUGGUAGUACAAUAUCUACCAAGUGAAUUACCAAGUGAAUCUGGUAAUGUGUACCUGGGGCCUAAAUACUGUACUGUAUAGUUGGACAGCAUUUGUGUAUAGAUUUUAUGUGUUAACUGGGACUUGAUUGUAGAUAUCUCUUCCUUUAAUAGAUAUGGUAAUUUAACCCAACCCAUUUUGUUGCAAUUGUCCAAUGCCAAUUGAAUUUUAUAUACGGUACUGUAGCUUGCCAAGGAGAAGUGUGUGCAAUGUGUCUGAAUGAUCGACCCCUACUUUAUUAUCUUACUCUGUAUAAUGCCAGAUAAUUUUAGUCCAAUGAAAAUUGAUAUCAUGUUUCUCGUCCCCGCCCGCAUGAGAUUUAUGUGCCGCACGAAAAUUUUUCAUUAUUCAUUAUUUUUGAAAAAUUGGCUUAAAAAACACCAAAUUCAACUCCAGAUCAAAGUCUUAUUGCUGUAUUCCGCAAGCGCAACUCAAAUUGUAUCUUUCUAAAGAUAUCACUCGCCAGAAUGCCUCUAUUUUUCAUGUCAGCCCUGGUAUGUAAAGAAAUAUACUGUACUGUAGACUGUAGUGUAGGACGUAUUAAAUUAAAAUGAAUUAUACACAAUUUUUUAAUACUUCAGAUUUUUAUGGGGUUUUUUACUGGGUCAAGGAAAUUAUUGACAAGCAGAAUUCAAAUACAAAAAAUAAUGAAAAAUGAAAAAUGAAAAAAUCCCGCUCCAAAUUUUUGAAAAUUGUGGACGAGAAACAUGAUAUCAAUUUUCAUUGGCCUUACAUAAGUGUUGGUGCUAAUUGUUAACUUUUGAUUAAGUUUAUUUUUAUCUCUUACAUGUUUGUGUAGUUGUUAUAGAAAAAGAAGGAGAUGCCCUCAAAGAACAGGGAAGAAUUCCUAGAAAUAGAUCUAUUGCAACUCUACAGCGAGAGUUUAAGAUGACAGAUGCUUGUGACUUUUUUAGAAGUGGAACUGAGGUACAGUACAACAUGCUGUUAUUUAUUAUGUUUAUUAUAUGAGUGUGUAGAUUGAACAGGAUAUUUCUUGGAGGGUAUUAUGUGGUUGGGUGAGAAUGUCUCUGAUCAAUGUGAAAUAACCAUGAAGGUAUAAAUAACUGAGCUACAGUAUGAACUGUUUUUCAGGCAAUCAUUGAUGAUGAAGUAACAAAGAGAUUUACUGCUGAAGGUAUUUACUGCUGUUUUAUGAGCACAGAUUUGAUUCCGAGCUACCUGUUAAUUGCCACAAUGCUAAGUCAGGAAUAGCACACAAGGGGAAAAUUCAUUCAUGGUUAAUUGCUGUACAGUAAUAAGCACCAACUUAUCCCACUACUGUACCUCUUUCCCUAUAUCCUCCCAGACUCGCCAAUGCACCCUAUCCCAUUUGAAUGUCACACCCCUUGACUGACACCCUCUCCUCUGCACAAAUUGUACACCAGAUCACAGAUGGAUCCAUCCCUGAUCUGUCCAGGAAAUGUUGUGUAUUAUCUAGAUAUAUGCAUAUAGUAGCUACAGUAGGUAUGUGCAUUAACUACAGUAUAGGGUGGACAAUGAUGGAGAAGAUUCAAUUAUUUUUAUUUUAGAUUCAAUUAUUUUUGUUUUAGAAUUAGAGAAUUGGAAUCUUUUAAUGAGAAAUAGUACAUCCAAAAAUAUGGGGUUAGUUAUCUUAUGUAAUACAAUAUUUAACCAAUUGAGUGGCAGCAUACUCUCCCCUUGAUGACUGGCAUUAAACAGAGUAAAUUAGACAGAGUAAUAUAAUAAAGAAGGGCACAUUAUGGUGAAUUGCCACUUAAAUGGUUAAUAGAAUACUUACUGUACAUUUUUUGUUUUAAAGUAUUUAUUCUUGAUAGCUUCUUUCUGCAACUUGUUUCUUGUAGUUUAAAAGUAACCAUUAUUUGGGCAAUUGGAUUAUUUGUAAGAUAUGUGAUUUUUCUACCUGUCAGGUAAAGUUAUAGCUCUAGUAUAUAUUUUUCGCAUACAGUAUAUUUACUAUAAUUGUCAAUUCCUGAGCGGGAUUAUAUGUCACUUGAAUGGGUGAAAUAUUUGGGAAUUUAGAUUCAAUGUCUUCACUAAAUUAUAUGCACUAAAUGGAAUAUUUUUCUUGUUUUUCAUGACAGAGUAACUUUAGCUACAUUUGGAAUUCUCUUCAUCGCCGUCUCUGCACGUUUGAUUGGUUAUCUGCCAGAAAAUAAGUAGGAUAUAAUGAUUAAUUUACUUUAUUAUUUUAUCUUGCAUGAGGUUACCUGAUGUACCCAACAGAUAUGUAUGUUUACUCUCUUGUGAUUUCAAGGGCAUACUGUACCUGUCAGUAAUUGCAUUGAGUAAUGAGGGAGGGAGGGGGAAUCUAAAACUGAACACAAUUUUUUUUGUUUUUGGAUCAUAUUAUAACAACUUUAAAAAUCUGCCAUAUUGCAUGGCUUCUUCUUCAAUGACAAGCCACCAAGGAAUAUUCUAAUGCGAGUCUCUGAAAUUUGAGGUUUUGAAAGUUAUUGUCUCAGAAGCUACACCAUUUCCCACAUUAAUGCUGAGACUUAAAUCUGAAGGAUGAUUUUUAAAAGACCUGCUGUUAUAAUGCCGUAUUUUAUUUAUUUUUGGGCGCCCAAAUCCUUUGAAUGCUCUCCAGUAUCUCUUAUACCAUAUAUUUUCCUUUUAGUUUUAGGAAAUUUUUAUCUCGGCAAGCAAUGCUAGUUGGUUUCAGAAUCUUAGCUCGAGGCUUAUCAGCUGUUAUAAAUUUUCACAACAGGUAUGCAGUGUGCGUUAAAACUUAGUUGUGGUUCUUGUGUAUUCCAAAAUUGGAAUGUAUAGCGAAAAAUAGUCAACAAUAGAUGUUCACCACUAAUAGUACUUUUGAAUUUAGACAGAAUAAAGCCAGAGGGGGUGGCACGUGCGUCGCGAAUCACACAUCACCAAUCGACGCCAUUAUGUUAGCCUGUGAUGGAAAUUAUUCUUUUGUAAGUUCUAGAAGUUAUAAAAAAACAGAAGUAUUGUCGAGCAAGUUUCCCUUGACAAGUUUUCUUUCUCGUGUUUACAGUCAACAAGUUUUCCUUGACAAGUUUCCUUUCUUGUGUGUACAGUCAACAAGUUUUCCUUGACAAGUUUCCUUUCUCGUGUUUACAGUCAACAAGUUUACCUUGACAAGUUUACUUUCUUGUGUGUACAGUCAACAAGUUUUCCUUGACAAGUAUUCUUUCUUGUGUGUACAGUCAACAAGUUUUCCUUGACAAAUUUACUUUCUUGUGUUUACAGUCAACAAGUUUUCCUUGACAAAUUUACUUUCUUGUGUGUACAGUCAACAAGUUUUCCUUGACAAGUUUUCUUUCUUGUGUGUACAGUCAACAAGUUUUCCUUGACAAGUUUUCUUUCUUGUGUGCACAGUCAACAAGUUUUCGUUGACAAGUUUUCUUUCUUGUGUGUACCGUCAACAAGUUUUCCUUUAACAAGUUUUGUUGCUCUUGUGCGGAAUGUUGUUAAAACUUUAUUUCGUUUAAGAAUUAUCAGACGAAUUUUGUUGUCUUUGCCCAAGUUCGUCCAGACGGACUAUUCGUUUUUAGUAGAAAUCUGGCUAUUUUUCCAAAGCUUAUGUCAAAGUAUUUAUUUCCACAAUUUCUGCAGGUGGGACAAAACCAAGGUGGUCUUUUUGGCUUCGUGCAAAAGUCUUUAUCAAACGCUCAAGAUCAUAUCUGGUUUGAAAGAUCUGAAAUGAAGGAUCGAAUAACCGUCGCCAAAAGGUUCGUUUUAGUAGAGAAAAAUUUGAAUAAAGUCCGUACUUAGCGCGAAGUCGGACUGCAUGUGUAAAUUACAUAUACCUGUAUAUGGUGGUUAUAAUUAAUGGAAUGGCUUCAGACAGUUUUGAAAAUUCAGUUUGACAUUCUGUUUCGUCCAUGUACUUGGGUUUUUGUGUAGUGUUUUUUGCUCUAUGUAUUUGCAUGUAUAUACAAACAUAUAAUACUGUAGGUGUCACCCAUAGAUAUCUUAUAUACACUAGAUAGCGCAUUUAGUAAAAUUGAAGCCAAGAAUAUUCCAGCGGUUACCCCCAUUUGAAUAGAUGGCGGUCAUGUUGGAGUUUCCCACUCGCUAAUAAACGCUUAAAAAACAACAAUAACUUUCAUCAUUUGAAUAGUUUGAAAAUGUAUUUGCAAUAGGUUUAACUUAAUGUUUAAGUUCCCUGUUUAAGAAAUAGAAAACAUACGAGUCUUCUCAUUUCAUUGGAAUACCCUGAGUCUGCAAUCACGGCUUCAAUUUUUGAAUUGCAGAAUAAUUAGAUGCAUAUACUGUACUAAGAUAUCUAUGGUGUCACCCUAUAUUAUGUUUUUCAUUGUGUGAAACUUAUAGACUCCGAGAACACGUAGAAGAUCCCAGCAAAGAUCCUAUACUUAUUUUUCCUGAAGGUAAGCUGCACAUUACACAUAUAUUGUCUAUACAGUAUCCUUUUUUCAUUCCAUUGCAUUAUUGCAUGAGCCAAGUUUUAAAGGGAUAAUGUGUUACUCUGUUUUUCCAGGGACCUGUAUUAACAACACUUCCGUAAUGAUGUUUAAAAAAGGAAGUUUUGAUAUUGGUGGAACGAUUUAUCCUGUUGCAAUUAAGGUAUAUACAGUAUGUACUGUAAAGCUCAACCCUUUCACAGCCAUGUGAUCGAGCUGGCCCUUUUACAUUCCAAAGAAAACCUAGUAAAGAGCGAUUUGAAGUUUUUCGUUAACUUAGGAUUUACAGUAGCUACCGGCUUUUGAACAACCGUCCCUGUUGAUGUUAAAUUUGCAUGUAAAAUGUAUUCACUUCGGUCUUUACUUUGUCUCUCAUUUGCUGAACUAUAGUAUGAUCCUCUGUUCUCAAAUGCAUUCUGGAACUCAAGUCAGUACUCUAUGGUUCAUUAUUUAUUGGAUAUCAUGUCCAGUUGGGCGUUGGUCUGUGAUAUUUGGUACCUACCACCAGUGACGAGGGAAGAAGAUGAAUCUGCAAUCCAGUUUGCUAAUCGAGUGAAGGCUGAUAUUGCAAGACAAGGUGGACUUGUUGAUCUAAUAUGGUACGUCAUAUAGUUGAAUGUGUUUAAUUACCAUCACCAGCCCUCGCAAAAUCAUCAUUGAAAAAAAUUGCCAUCGAAGUGUUUGAACUUGACGGGAUUUUACUGAGUGUUUUCGCUCUGUCUUUCAGGGAUGGGCAAUUAAAAAGAACCAAGGUAAAACCUGAAUUAAGGCAGCAAAAGCAAGAAGACUUCGCACAAAUGCUCAAAGUUGAUUAAUGAUGAACGCAGGUAACAAUGAUAUAUGGGAUGGAGCAAUAUAUUGGACGAUUUCGAGGCUCUAGCAGAAACGGUUCGUCUGCGUUUAUAUAGGAAAGGAAACUAGUGGUAUUUUUUUAUUACACCUUUUGGGGCGUAGCCUACGCCCCUGCACGCCUACAGCAAGCUUUCCAUUUGGUUGUGGUUUGACAAACUCACGGGCCUUCGUUACGGGGUUAGGGUGAAUUUUAGGGUUUUAUUAAGGGACACCGGAUGCCAAAUAUAUUUACAUAUCCGCAACGAACGCCCGCCAUUAGGUUGUAGCUGUCAGGAGAGGUUUAGAUUUGACUUCCACUACCACUACGAUUAAGGGACCAUUAACACCAAUCAGGUGCGUUUAAUCUUCCCAAUUAACCAAUCAGAUGCGUUUAAUCUUCCCAAUUAAUCAGAUGCGUGCUAAGUGUUGUCUAAGCCUCACUAAUGUCAAAGUAUCCGAUGUAAGUUGCAAAGUAGCCAAGUGUCGAAUGAUGUAUAUCUUUGCAAUCCGUAGACUGAUUUGCAUAUACUGCAAAAACUUGUGUGUAAAUUUUACACUCUAUGUGUAGAUGUUAUUCAAAAAUAUCGGUAAAUUUACACAAACAAAGUAGCCUACAUGCAUGCAAAGUAACGCAUAUUUUGUGCAAAAUUGCCGCUAAGAUACAUUGUGUAAAUGUUAAACAAAAGACCAGUGACCAUGACUUACAAGUUUUGAAGGACUUGUAAGAAAUGUUUGAGCAAACAGACUUAGAUUCAGUUCCCUCAAACAUUUCUUACAAAUCCUUCAAAACAUAGAAUUCACCGAUGCAAAAUUUAAAUACUGUGCGUCACAAAAACGUUUAGUGCAAAACAGCUUUUGUCACGAGAGAUACCACCAAAUGGAAACUAUCGACAACAUCGACAUCGGUUGCAGAAAGGAAGAACGAGCAUUGCCAUCAAUCUUGAACGAUUGUGCCGACGUAACUUCAAUUUAUUCGAUUUACUUUGGUAUUAGGUGAUAGUUUAAAACGCCGUCAUAUUCUCAAAUACAUUAUGAUAAAAGAACAUGAAUAUAAUAUAAUAUAAAUGAAGGUAUUUGUAAUUAAAGGAAUUUUGUAUAUGACAAUUUUGAUACUAUAACUUUCAAUUUUCUAUACAUACCGUAUGCUACAAAGCUGGCUGUCUUACAUGUUUUCUUUAGAUCGCUAUUAGGAGUGUUCGCCAAACAUUUUGAGUCGAUAAUUUACGGAGCUUUGAAAAAUAUUGCUGACGUCAGCAUUAUAUAUAAAAGACUCUUAACAUGCACUGACCACCUGAUGAUUCCUCUUGCCUCUUGGAUGCUAUAGCCUAUGAUGUCCAGCACUUAUUUUGCUCUAUCUAUAUGACAUUCAGCAUGUUGGUUUGUAUAGAAUUGCACCGAAUAGAUUUCGGCGGUAAGUUAGUUGCAUUUGACUUUAUAAAUGGUUUUUAUGUAAUGUAUAUAUGACAAUUCAAUGUAAGCCACAAUUUUCUACGUUAUGAUUUUUAUAAAUUUGGGUACCCCUCACUCGGAUAGACCUGGUUGUCCUUAUGUUAUAGUAUGUUUUGAUCGUAUAUUGUCAGUGAAAUCAGCUGUAACGCAUUUUGAUUCCCAUAAUAUGAUCUAAUUAUAACUUGAAAUGCAGAAUUAGGAUUAACGUUCCUUCGUAAUUACUUCUCACUGUUUGCAAAUUUGGAGAUUUAAUUGAAUUCCAAUUGAACUAAUAAACAGUCACGCCUUCUAGUUAGUUCGAAUGCAAUAACAUGGAUUAACACUGAGCAAACAAAGUUCAAGGCAUCGCUUGGCAAUUGUUAAUGAAUUAGGU